GAAUCACAAUAUGGGCCAGUAUGGCCUGUGGUCGGUUUUUUUUGUUAUGAUUUACUUGUUUUUAAAAACUCAAUUUCCUUUCCGGUUGUGGUCAGUGCCUUCGUCUGCGUGUGCUGUGUGUGUCUAUAAAUACUGAUAAAUGCUGGAAAAGUGGCGUCGACAAAGUAACUUGUUAAAAUUAAAAUUGUGGUCCGCUUUUCGAUUUUCUAUCUAGAAACCUUUCCUUUCUGCCAUCCAAUUUUCAUAAUAUUAAUAUUCGCAUUUACCAUUACUAUUUUUCAAUGGCGAUUUCUGACUCGCUUGAUAGUAUAGGCGGAGCCGCCUCCACCACCACCACAAGCACAGAUUCCGAUCUUAACUUUUCUUUGCGGAAGAGGUCUGGCGCCGCCGCAGUUCGAGCCACCUCCGAUUCAAACGCCGCCGAACUGGAUAAUACCACCAAUGUUGACGCCGCGGCCGUUGAAGGUCCGAUGCACUCGGCGAAUUUCGCGACGACAAACGGCGAGAAUCAUAGAGGACACGAUAUACGAUUCACUUGUCGGCCUUCCGUUCCGGCGCAUCGCAGAAUCAAGGAGAGUCCUCUUAGCUCCGAUGCAAUUUUCAAGCAGCAGAGCCAUGCAGGUCUAUUCAACCUAUGUAUAGUGGUGCUUGUUGCGGUUAACAGCCGACUUAUCAUCGAAAAUUUAAUGAAGUAUGGCUGGUUGAUUAGGACUGGUUUUUGGUUUAGUUCAAAAUCCUUGAGCGAUUGGCCCCUAUUUAUGUGUUGUCUUACUCUCCCAGUUUUCCCGUUUGCUGCAUUUAUAGUUGAGAAGUUAGCACAGCAGAAGUGUUUAUCUGAACCUGUUGUUGUUUCUCUUCAUGUAAUCAUUAGUACAGCUGCAGUUUUAUAUCCAGUUUUUGUGAUCCUUAGGUGUGAUUCUGCUUUUCUCUUUGGUGUCACAUUGAUGCUCUUUGCUUGCAUCGUGUGGUUAAAGCUUGUAUCUUAUGCUCAUACUAACUAUGACAUGAGAUCACUCACCAAGUCAGUUGAUAAGGUGGAUGACUUGUCUGCUUAUCCAAAUGUGGAUUGUUCAUAUGAUGUUAGCUUCAAGAGUUUGGCUUACUUCAUGGUCGCCCCCACUUUAUGUUACCAGCCAUGUUAUCCGCGUACAGCAAGCAUACGGAAGGGUUGGGUAGUUCGUCAAUCUAUCAAGUUAAUAAUAUUUACAGGAGUUAUGGGGUUCAUAAUAGAACAGUAUAUAAAUCCCAUAGUGCAGAAUUCUCAACACCCUUUGAAAGGGAAUUUCUUAUAUGCCAUUGAGAGAGUUUUGAAGCUUUCAAUUCCUAUUCUAUAUGUGUGGCUCUGCAUGUUCUACUGCUUCUUUCACCUCUGGCUAAAUAUACUUGCUGAACUGCUUCGCUUUGGUGAUCGUGAAUUCUAUAAAGAUUGGUGGAAUGCAAAAACUGUUGAAGAGUACUGGAGAAUGUGGAAUAUGCCUGUUCAUAAAUGGAUGGUUCGGCAUAUCUAUUUUCCCUCAAUACGACACGGUAUUCCUAAGGGUGUUGCCAUUGUCAUCGCCUUCUUAGUUUCGGCUGUAUUCCAUGAGUUGUGCAUUGCUGUUCCUUGCCACAUUUUCAAGUUGUGGGCUUUUGUUGGCAUUAUGUUUCAGGUUCCUUUGGUGUUGAUCACUAAUUUUUUGCAAGCGAGGUUCGGCAAUACUAUGGUUGGAAAUAUGAUCUUCUGGUUCAUUUUCUGCAUUUUUGGUCAACCCAUGUGUGUGCUUCUGUACUACCAUGACUUGAUGAAUCGUGGGGAAAAUUGAAUAAACUUCCAACGGAUGAGAUUGCUCCAAAUGAAAACGACGAUAGAUGUUUUCUGCUGUUAUGCGGGCUAACUACGUUCAAUGUGCUGUGAAUAAGAUUUGGAGACAUUUCAUCACGACCUCUUUGAGUGAAGCUGGCGUAUUACAAAACAAUUUUCAAAAUAAAAUUUAGUGUCUCCACAGUAGUGGAGGUCCAGUUAAGGUUUAGUUUUUAGUAAAUUCAUGGUUUUCUCAUUAAUUGAUUUUAUUUCUCCGUUAUUGUAAAUUCAUGUUUAAUUGUUUUCAAAGAUCUAAAUUCACCGCUUUCGGAACCAAUGUGAUUCACCUUUUUUGUACUCGGGAUUCUAAUCCAUCUUUCAAUGAAUCACAUUUCAACCCUUAAA